AGAAAACAAAGGAACCAUAUGUUAUGUUUUUGCGGAUACAAUGCCAUAUCAUUUCAUGACCUAUCACCAUUCAACCUCCUCACACUUUUCUUUCCUAUAAUUCCUAGUAUAAUAUCCAUUCAAUAAUUUCACCUCUCUACACACUUCUCACAUCAUUUUCAUAUAUACUACUAGUGUUCUCUUCUCUUCACAAUAUAAUUAACAACUAUACCAUUGAUCAAUCUUCAAAGCAAUCAAUUAUGGCUCCAAAGUUGGCGAAAUCAGGAUCAUUUCGUUACAGUUUAGCUGAGAAGAAGGAGAAACUUCUAUCCAUGAAGAAUACUACUGAUCAUGUUCAUGGUUAUUCUCAGAUAGGUAUUGGAUUGCAUCAACAACAAGAAGAAUCUAAGAUGAUGAAAUUUACCAAGAAGGUGAAGGUUGUUGCUAACAAGGCAUGGGAAAUGGGUCGUUCUGAUCCAAGGAAAAUUAUUUUUGCUGCUAAAAUGGGUCUUGCUUUGACUCUUAUAUCUUUCUUGAUUUUUCUUAAAGAACCUUUCAAAGAUAUUAGCCGUAAUUCUGUUUGGGCUAUUCUAACCGUUGUCGUCGUCUUUGAAUUCAGUAUAGGGGCUACUCUGAGCAAAGGGUUUAACAGAGGAUUAGGGACGUUAUCAGCCGGAGGACUAGCUGUAGGAAUGGGAGAGUUAUCAGCAUUAGCUGGAGAAUGGGAAGAAGUUAUAGUUAUUAUCAGUACCUUCAUUGUUGGAUUUUGUGCUACCUAUGCAAAACUCUACCCAACUUUGAAGCCUUAUGAAUAUGGUUUCCGUGUGUUCUUAAUCACUUAUUGCUACAUUACAGUAUCUGGUUAUCAUACUGGUGAAUUUCUUGAUACAUCUAUAAGUAGAUUUUUGCUCAUUGCACUUGGUGCUGCUGUAUCUUUGGGGAUCAAUAUCUGCAUAUAUCCUAUUUGGGCUGGAGAGGAUCUGCAUAAUCUUGUGAUAAAAAACUUCACCGGCGUUGCUACAUCCUUGGAAGGGGUUGUGAAUCACUAUCUUAAUUGUGUUGAAUACAAGAAGGUACCAUCCAAAAUCCUUACUUACCAAGCAUCUGCUGAUGACCCAGUUUACAGUGGCUACAGGUCAGCUGUUGAAUCAACAAGUAACGAGGAUGCAUUGCUAGGAUUUGCUGUGUGGGAACCACCUCAUGGUCACUACAAAAUGCUUAAAUAUCCAUGGAAGAAUUAUGUCAAAGUUAGUGGGGCUCUUAGACAUUGUGCAUUUACGGUCAUGGCCAUGCAUGGAUGCAUACUUUCUGAAAUUCAGGCCCCGGCUGAUAAGAGACAGGUUUUUGCAAACGAGCUUAAGAGGGUAGGUUCCGAAGGAGCGAAAGUGUUGCGCGAACUUGGAAACAAAGUCAAGAAGAUGGAGAAACUCGACAGGGGGGAUUUGUUAUACGAAGUACAUGAGGCAGCGGAAGAAUUACAACAAAAGAUCGAUAAAAAAUCUUACCUCCUUGUAAACUCAGAGCUCUGGGAGAUUGGAAACCGUCCUAGAGAUGAAAGUAAUGGUGAUCAUCCUAAAGGCCUAUUUAACAUGGAUGAAGAUAGAAAGUUUCUAGAGUACAAGUCUCUAAGUGAAGCUGUACUUGAUCUCAGAUCAAUUGAAGUUCAAAAUAAUUGGGAUGAAAAAACUACAAAUGAUAGUAAUAACCAUGCUGUGCCUGCUUCCAAUGGUUCUGAAAACAUGUACAUGAAACAAAUGUCUUGGCCUGCUCAUGUUUACUACAAAGCUGAAGCCAAAUCAAAAGAGGAAGAAUCAAAAACUUACGAAAGUGCUAGUUCAUUGUCGCUAACAACAUUUACGUCGCUGCUGAUUGAAUUUGUGGCAAGGCUUCAAAAUUUGGUGGAUUCAUUUGAAGAAUUGGGCGAGAAAGCUAACUUUAAGGACCCUCUUGAACAGGUUGUGGUAACAUCUGGUGGGUUUUGGACCAGAUUUUGCAACUGUUUUAAAUUCUAGGAGUAUUGACUAAAUGGAAAAUAACAAGAGGCAGAUCUCCAAAUUGUGAAUCUGCAUUGCUAAUGAUUUUGAGUUACCAUGAAAACCCUCAAGUUCUUGAUGAAUAAUAGGUUGUAGUGUGACCUCUUCUGUAUUUGUGGAUGCUGGAACUGGAACUAAUGUGACUUGUAUCUUAUACCAAGUCGAAGGCUAGACGAAAACUGAGACUGAUACUCUACAACAGCUAGGUAGUAACUCUACCGGUGCAGUUGCUGGCUUGCUGCAUAAGAUCCAUCUUUUGAAAACUGCAGGAGUAGUCUUUAGAAAUAGAAUAAAUAAUCUACCUUUUUACAUUUUAUUUUUAAAAUGUAUACAAAUCGCCGUAUUACCCUAUAUAUACCAUAAUGUCAGAAAAAUCACAGUUUUUAACUCAAUGUAUGGAAUAUAUGACAAACAGUAUUAGCAAAAAGAAAACGUACUAAACGUUUUGUCAUGUCUAA